GGUAGUGGCAGUGGUGGUAGUAGUAGUAGUGGCGGCGGUGGCAGGCAGAGCGCGCGGGAGUCCCUGUCGGUGAUCGUGCCGCCUCAGGACGUGGACGUGGACUCGCGCGACGCCGACGACUCGGAGCUCCUCAGUCCGGGCAAGCUAACGCCUACGUCGGGGAUCAGCGUGUCGGUCGCGAGCAUGAUCGACGCGACGGACUUCAGGGCGAUGCAGCCGGAGCCGACGUAUCAGACACUGACCUCGGUGGCCGAGAGGAUGUCGCCGCCCGGUUUCAGUCCGGGCUCGUCGUACGCCACGCUGACGCCGCUGCAGCCGUUACCGCCAAUCUCUACUAUGAGCGACAAGUUCGUUUAUGGCGGUCACGCGGCCGGCGGCGUCACCGGUAGUUUCGCCGUAAUGCAGAACAACGGCCUGGGUAACAUCGGCCUCGGUAUGGGCGGUUCGCCGUACGCGUACGACAAGCUACCUACGAUGGGCAUGUCGCCGCCGCACAAUUACCCGUCGCCGGGCGCGGGAUUGCAACCGAGUCCGCUCUCACCUCAGAGCGCGUACAGCCAAAGCGGCCUCAACUCGCCGCACAAGUCGUCCGCGAGUCCGCAUUAUGAUCCGGCUUUUUUGCCGCGUUUACAACAAAGUCCGGCGGCACUUAGCCCGUCUUCGCCGCCGGCCGUCUCGGCCACAGCGAGUUUCGCGCCAUCGCAUCAUUCCCCGCCCGGCACGCAUUCGGUACCGAGCGCGGCAUCGCCGCCACCAACCAUGCAGACGCAGCUACAACAGCAGCAGCAGCAACAGCAGCAGCAACAACAGCAGCAGCAACAGCAGCAGCAACAGCAGCAGCAACAGCAGCAGCAGUCGAUGCCGCAGCAGCAGACGAUAUCGCACACGCAGCACGUGCAACACACAUCGGUGGUGAUGAAGACGGUGUCGGCGACGGGCAACGGCGGCGCCGGCGAGGUCGAGGAGAUCAACACGAAGGAACUCGCGCAGCGUAUCAGCGCCGAGCUCAAGAGGUACAGCAUACCGCAGGCGAUCUUCGCGCAGCGGGUGUUGUGUCGCAGCCAAGGUACCCUUAGCGAUCUGCUGCGCAACCCGAAACCCUGGUCCAAGCUCAAGAGCGGCCGUGAGACCUUCCGGCGGAUGUGGAAGUGGCUGCAGGAGCCCGAGUUUCAGAGAAUGUCGGCCUUACGGCUAGCAGGUUAGUCGUCCACGCGUC